AUGAAGCGUUGGAUUCUCAUUUUUUAUACGAUAUUCAUACUUGGAAAGUUUGCAAACAGUCAACCUCAACCGCCACAACAGCUGCAAGUAUGCCUUCGUGACAUAGAAGAAGAUAUCUGCCCUCAACGAGAAGGGUAUGAUGCUGAAUGUGAUACAAGAUGUGGCCAACUUUAUCCAAUGAGAAUCGGCAGUGGAUGUCGAACUAGACAGACUGGUCAACUUCUUUCCUUUUUUGGAAUCCGUUCUUUUGUAUGCACAUGUCAUUUAUCUCCAAUUGCUUGUGCAAAUCCACAAUUCGCAGUUCAUCCAUACCAUACUCUUGUGGUUCAACAGCACUCUCAUCUGAAUCCAAUCCAACAACUACCACAAAAUUGUGGCUCUCCAAUGCCUGCAUCCCUUUCUUGUCGAGACGCGUCGUUAUGUAGUUCAUGGCAGUACUCUCGAGAGUUUGAAUGGUACUCUGGACGUCCGAAUGUAUUGGCCCGACCCAGAGAAUUACCUGUAGGCGAAUUCCUGGCUGGAACAAGUCAACAAGGCGCCACAUGGGCCACUAUUUCAACAUGCGAUGCACUUUGUUCAACGACUUCAGUCAACUUGACGGCAAAAGUUUGGAGACCUCCAACGGUUAUUGUAGAAUUGUGCUUCAAAGAAAAAGAAACAACAAUGUGUGCCCCUGUUCAUGCGUCGAACGGUCAUUUGAUCAACGAAAUCAUUCCAGAAACUAACUAUUUUCAGGUAAUGCUUCGUUUUUCCAACGUUACUGCUGGUGAAAUGAUCCUUCUUGAUGACCUGAAAAUUGACUACCAACCAUGUCAGAAGAAGAGCAAAAGCGUGGCAGCAACGGUUCUCUCGACAAAUGUAAGUACAGUCACUCUAAAGUCUGGAGGUCUCCCAAUAACUUUGAUAAAUCCGAAUAAGGGAGAUCCUCGAAUGGUUCAACAUCGAAUGUGUCAAGAUGGGGAAUGCGAACAUAAACCUCAUCACUCUGCAUUCCAUUCUUCUACUGCAAAAAUGUGUGUUGGAAGACCAGGACUGGCAUACUGUAGACAGAAAUGUAGAGCUUUGGAUGCUUCGGAAUUAUCAGCAAAAUGUCUUCGACAACGAGAGAAUCCACUAAUCAAAAAGUGCAUCUGCCACGUCAGAAGAUCUCCAGUUAAAAGAAUCGAAGGAGGAGUUAUAGAACCAACUACAGUAUCCCGAGAAGUUGAAAUGAAUAGAGUGUUGGCUGAUGAUGUUACAUCAAUGACUAACUUUCCUCCAUCGGCUACUACAGUAGUCACAGAAUCGCCAUCCACCACAACAAAAGUCGUGAUGAUGGAUAUUCAAAAUGAGGAAAAAACAGAAGAAGAAACUGCGAAAAUUAUAGUUUUAGAAAGACCUAAACAUCCGUUGAGAUGUGAAGAAACUAAUUGUAAUUUCGAGAAAGAUACCAAAUGUGGAUGGGCGGAUUUGAGAAUGUUAAGCAGACAUUUUAAUAACAUCAGUGUUGCGAUGAAGAGAGGAGAUGGUUAG